UAGAAGGCUCAGUGAUUUUCUCCUGACUGGAGUUCUCUGCAGCUUGGUUUCUGGGUCGAGGGUGCUGUACAGGAGUCUUGGCGUAGUGGGAGAACCAGGACACAGCAGCGGCUCGGCCAGAGCCCUUUGUUGGGCGGCCCAGAGGCUGACUCUGAUAUCUUGGGGACAAAGAGAGAGAUUCUUCGGUAGUGAAGGGAGAAAACUGAACGUGGGGCUAAAGAGGAAGGAGAGUGAAGGGGGUUGGGACCCAAAAGGACGGCGAGGGACAUGAAUGGUCGUCGCCGACUGCGCGUAUAGAAGUUGGAUCUUAGAAAAAACGAUUCUCUGUUCUCCAAACUAUUCCGAAGAUAUUUCUGUUUCUUCUCGUAAUCUGAUUUCUAACUGGUAUACUAUAGCUUUGGGUAGCUCAGUGUUCUUGUUUUCACUUAGCGUAAAAGUGAGGCUGUUAAUCUCUCAGGAAUAUCUUGCUGGAGGCAAUUCGUCUGCCGCUUUUACUACUUGAAACAAAUAUAUUGCACUUCAGCAAUAUAGCAAACAUAUUUGCAGAAGAAAAAUUAAGCUGUAUUUAAAUAACAAAACAGGGUUCUCGUGCCAGUCUUUCGCCACCUUUGCUUUAACUUUUGGCCACUGCUUUUCGCUAAGAUGAGCACACGCCCUUCCACCCCCUCUGACCCUGAGCGGCGAGUCCGGAGCGAGCUGAAGAAGGUCUUUGGGUUUGACUCUUUUAAGACGCCUUUACAGGAGAGGGCGACCAUGGCUGUAGUAAAAGGUGACAAAGAUGUCUUUGUGUGUAUGCCCACGGGGGCUGGAAAAUCCCUUUGCUAUCAGCUACCUGCACUAUUGGCCAAAGGCAUCACCAUUGUAGUCUCUCCUCUCCUUGCGUUGAUUCAGGAUCAGGUGGAUCACUUGCUGGCCCUGAAGAUACAAGUGAGUUCUCUGAGCUCGAAGCUAUCAGUGCAGGAGAGGAAGGAGCUGCUUUCAGACCUAGAGCGAGAAAAGCCACAGACCAGGCUUCUGUACAUUACCCCAGAGAUGGCCGCUUCCACCUCCUUCCAGCCCAUCCUGAAUUCCCUUGUGUCCCGCCACCUGCUUUCUUAUUUGGUGGUGGAUGAAGCUCACUGUGUUUCCCAGUGGGGGCAUGACUUCCGUCCUGACUACUUGCGUCUAGGUGCCCUGCGCUCUCGCCUGGCACAUGCCCCAUGUGUGGCUUUAACUGCCACAGCCACCCCACAGGUCCAGGAGGAUGUGUUUGCUGCACUGCAUCUGAAGCAACCAGUUGCCACUUUCAAGACUCCCUGCUUCCGGGCCAAUCUCUUCUAUGAUGUGCAGUUUAAGGAACUGAUUUCUGAUCCUUAUGGGAAUUUGAGGGACUUCUGCCUUAAAGCUCUUGGACAGAAGACGAAUAAAGAGUUGUUUGGCUGCGGCAUUGUCUACUGCAGAACUAGAGAGUCUUGUGAACAGCUGGCCAUAGAGCUCAGUAGCAGGGGUGUGAAUGCCAAGGCUUAUCAUGCAGGGCUGAAGGCUUCUGAUAGGACACAGGUACAGAAUGAGUGGAUGGAGGAGAAGGUCCCUGUAAUUGUUGCAACCAUCAGUUUUGGGAUGGGAGUGGACAAAGCUAAUGUCAGAUUUGUUGCCCACUGGAAUAUUGCCAAGUCGAUGGCUGGAUACUACCAAGAGUCUGGCCGGGCUGGCAGGGAUGGGAAGCCUUCUUGGUGCCGUCUCUAUUACUCUCGGAAUGACCGGGACCAAGUCAGCUUUCUAAUCAGGAAGGAAAUAGCAAAACUCCAGGAAAAGAGAGGGAACAAAUCAUCAGAUAAAGCCACACUCUUGGCCUUCGAUGCUCUGGUGACCUUCUGUGAAGAACUGGGGUGCCGCCAUGCUGCCAUUGCCAAGUACUUUGGGGAUGUACCACCUGCCUGCUCCAAAGGCUGUGACCACUGUCAGAACCCUGCAGCUGUGCAGAGGCAGCUGGAUGCUUUGGAGCGCAGCAGCAGCUGGAGCAAGACCUGCAUCAGGCCCUCCCAGGGAAAUGGCUUUGACUCUGAGCUGUAUGAGGGAGGUCGUAGGGGCUAUGGAGGAUUCAGCAGGUAUGAUGAAGGUUCUGGAGGCAGUGGUGAUGAGGGCAGAGAUGAGGCCCACAAGCGAGAAUGGAAUCUCUUCUAUCAAAAGCAGAUGAGUCUGCGCAAGGGCAAAGAUCCCAAGACAGAAGAAUUCAUACCUCCAGAUGAGGACUGUCCUCUGAAAGAAGCUUCUAGCAGGAAGAUCCCCCGGCUAACUGUGAAGGCCCGAGAGCACUGCCUGGGACUUCUGGAGGAGGCUCUGAGGAGUAACCAUCAGGCUGCAGGUUGCACUGAUGGAGUGGACCUUCACACCAAGGCCGUGGAGCUGGAACACGAGACAUUCCGAAAUGCCAAGAUGGCCAACCUAUACAAGGCCAGCGUGCUGAAGAAGGUGGCUGAGAUCCACAAAGCCUCCAAGGACGGGCAGCUGUAUGAUAUGGGAGGUGGCACCAAGAGCUGCAGCACCCAGGUGGAGUCCCCAGAGUCCAAUGAGUAUGACAUCCCACCUGCCUCCCACAUGUAUUCGCUCAAAUCCAAGAGAAUAGGAGCUGGCUUCGUCAAAGGCUCCUCCCUAUUCCAGAUGGCCACUGAGCUGAUGGGGAAGUCUCAAACACAGGAGCAAGCCCUCCAGACUGUACGAGGAGGUGAGCAGGAGCUCCCUAGCCAGCCCUGCGUUCUCCAGGACAAGGACAGAAGUGAGCCCCUCCCUGGGCCAAGUGGAGAAGCCCCUGCUGGUAAUGCAUAUUGUGGAGGACCCUUCCCUGAGAAGAAACCAAAAGGCUCCUGUGGGGACAGGUCCAUGGCCAAAUCCCGGGCCAACAAGAAGAAGCAGUUCCAAGCCAUAGUGCCUCACAAGGAUUCCCAGAGUAUUGCCCGCUUCUUCUGCCAAAGGGUAGAAAAUCCACCUGUACUUGGCUCAGCCCCAGGAGCAGAAGGUAGAGCAGAAGGUACCAGUCCUUCUUGUGAGGGGGUGCAGGGACCUCUCCUGGUCUCAGAGAAGUAUGCAAAGGAGGAAGCUGGAGCCCUGGGAUGUAUAACUACCCUUCACACAAAGCAGCAGUCUGGGGAGCAGCCAAGCACCUGUCCAGACCAGGUGACCCUGGAAACACCACCCAGUCCCCCAAAGGAAAUAAAGAGAGGCAAGCGGCACAGAGCUCAGCAGGAGAACUCAGGGAUCCCAUCACAGAAGAGGCCAUGCAACUUAGCCAAGUCCUCCAUCGUAGUGGAGGACAAGGGCAGCACCUCAGCUAGUGGUCAGGGUACUUUGAAUGCCAUAGUCCAACACCCGUGCCAGCUCUCAGCUCCUGGCAUCUCCCUGAAGGACGCUGCAGAUAUUGUGGUCAGGUACCUGACCCCUUUCUACAAGGAGGGCAAGUUUGCAUCCAAGGAGCUGUUUAAAGGCUUCGCCCGCCACCUUUCACACUUGCUGACUCAGAAGAGCUUGUCUGGAAGGAGUGUGAGGGAAGAAGCCCAGAGCCUCAUCAAGCAAUUUUUCCAUGGCUGUGUGAGGUGUGAGAGUGAAGCCGACUGGCACAAUUUGUGUGGCCUACAGAGAUGACCUGGUGCAGGCCUCACAGAGCUGGCAGCCUCCCUAGACUCAGAAACCAGCCUGGGCCUUCCUCAGAAAUAGGAAGCUGGGCAGGCCAGCUGGUGCCAGGGGUGCCAUCUUUCUGAGGGUCCUUCUCCCUACCAACCACGGCUCACUUUGGAGAUGGUUCCAGAUACUUUCCAAAUCAAGUCAGAGGUCACGAGUCAGCCUACCUUCCUGCUUGCAAAGCCCCAUGGUCCUUCCUCAGAGCCUCCUUGUCUCUCCUAGCCCUCAUAGUUGAGUUUUCUGGGUCAGAUCCCCAGGUGAGAAUAUGGCAGGGUGACGUGGCUGCUGCCAGGGGCAGAGUAGGAGCAACCUUACUUCUCAUACUCAACAAGUUCAGAGCCAGGGCAAGGCCUCCUAUCCAAGGUUUGAGGCCUGCUCAGGGCCUCUGCUCACCUGCUUCCCUUGUGAUGCCAGCCUUGCCUUAGGUGUAGAGCUGGUAGGAACAGUGGUGGCACAUAGGCCCUCUACUCAGCUCAGCUGCUGGUUAGGAAGGCCGGGCCUGACUGAUGUUUACAAUAGGAAUAAAGUAUUGUUUGCUUGACACACACAUGUACAUACAACUCUUUUUCUUGGAAAUUUUUAUUUCCUCAGCACCUUCUUCCAGGGCUAGGUUUAUGCCAACAUUGAGCCUUGUGGGUACUUGGGGCCAGGUAGGUAUCUGCCUCAGGCUGGACAAUAUUAGAUGUCCAAGCCAGGUUUCUGUAGUCCCCUUACUGGGCCCUAGCCCGCCCCUGAGGUAGUGUGGCUACCUUUUUUUUCCCAUCUGAAGUCACUGUGGCACUCCCUGCCCCAUAGCCUCCAUCUGGGCCAGCCAGGCUAUGCUGUAUUCCAGAGCAGGGCCAGGUGGGA